CAUUGAAAAUUAUUGAUUAUGUUUUAAUUUCUAAAUUGUUGAUAUACUUAUUUAAUUGUUUGUUUUUUGUUUAUUUAUUUUGUUUCUUUGUUUAGUUAAAUGGUUAAAUUAAUACACAAUGAGUAGAUAUUAUCAAUUAAUUGUAUUCUUAACUGUCUAUUGUAUUAAAAAUAAUUGUGAUCAAACUGAGUCUUCACCAGGUUAUCAGUUAAAGUGUAAAAAUGAUAUUUGUAGUGAAUCUAUUGGAUUAGUGGUGGCUACUCAGAACUAUCGUCCUGAUGAGAGGCAUAAAUUAAAAUACAACAUUGAAGAUAAAAUUGAAAUUUUUGGGACUACAAUUGAUGGUCAAUAUUAUUUUGCUAAGCUCAAUGACCGUCAAGGCCUAGUUUCUAAAAAAUUAGUUCGAGAGGUGAAACAAUAUUUAAAAGAAGAUGAUUUAAUAUUAACCAAUUUGGAUGAUUCUUGGAAGCCUAUUAUCAAGUUGGAACCAAGUGAUGGAGAUUCUUUUAUACAAAGUAGUACUUCAAGCUCGGUUGAAGAAGAGAUUACAUCGAAUUCAGCUGAUGAUGUUUCAAUUUCAAUUAGUGAAAAUAUGGAUAUUAAACCAGAUAUUCAAUCAGUGUCUGAUUCACCCAUUGACAAAUUACAGACAAGUUUUCAACCUGGAAAUAAUCAAGAAGAACCAACAUCAAGCCUUCAAGAUUUUCAACAUGAUCAAAUGAAAACAGUGGAUUCAUCAAUUGCUGUUAAAUCAGAAGAGAUUACAAAAAGUCAACCUCAACAAGCUAAUACCGAUAUUGUACCAACAAUGCCAUCUAUAGCUUCUGAUCCACCCAGAUUAACCACCGAAGUUGAUGGAACAACAUUUCCAGUUGAUGAAUAUGAAGAAGACGAAGUCUCUCUACAAUCAAGUACACCAACUCCAAGUAUGGAUAUGAGACCACCACCAUUUGUAGGAUAUUCGGGGCAAAACAAUGGAAUUGGACCUUCUGAUAUUCCAUCCAGAAGUAAUACUCCCAAUCAACAAUCAUUCGGAGCUUUAAAUCUCUCUCCAAGUGUGGAAAUGUCCAAAGUUAAUGGAAAUUCAGAAGCGAGUGUUGUUAUGGAUCAACCAAAUAUCAAUUCACAAGAUAAAAAUCCAACUCCGACUGUUCCAGAUGAUCCAAUAAACAAAGAAGACCAACCUCAAGAAUCUAAUGUUUUCAACGAAAUUGUCAACGAAAAGAGUCCAGAACUUUCCCCUUCUAUUGUCUAUGAAUCAAUUCCGUCUUCAUUACCUUUACAUCCAAUUAAUACCGAUGAUCUUGCUGGUCGAGAGUCUAAUUUAUCACCUCAAUCUGAAUCGUCAUCGGAUGUAAAAGGAACAGGUUUUGUUGAUAAUGUUAAUAAUCAACCAAGUGAGACAACAACAGCUACACCAGCAACUGAAUCUUUAUCUCCUGCUUUAGUUGAUGGAAUCACUGAUUCACAAAAUGGCCACACAACAAAUUCAAUUGACAGCGAUCAGUUGAUUGAUAAACUCGAUGUAAACAACAUUGAAUCAAAUGAAAUCAAUUUGCAACCACAAGUCCAAAACCAGGACCAAUCGUCAUCAACACCUUCACCUUUGAUUGAUACUGAUAGAGAUCAGUACAGUUUUCCAUCAAAUCAGGAAGAAAGUAAAAUCCAAGAGAGUCACAAGGAUGAAAGUCCAACUGAUGAAGUUCACCAUCAUGGUACAGUUGAAACAGAAAUUCAGAAUCCAAAAAUUAACGAGGUUUCAUCAACUCCAUCACCAAUACUUCAACAACAACAACAACAACAACAACAAUUACCUGCAUCAUCACAACCUUCAAAUUAUAACCAACAACAACCUUUACCGAAUCAAGAUGAACCAGUGCAUCAAUACAACCAACCUAAUUAUCAUCAUCAAACUGUGCAUCAACAACAACAACCUCAACGUCCACCAAUUAUUGGUACAAAUGAUGAUUAUAAACACAAUAAUCAACCUGAUUAUCCCUCUGAUGAAAUGACACAUCAGAUGGCAGCUGAAGUAGAGAAACAAUCUUAUCUUUCCCCCUCAUCAUCAUUAUAUUUACCACCUCAACAAGAAUCAGUGACAACAGACUUACCUUUAUCAUCAUUACAACCAUCACCUGAUUCAGAUUCAGAUUCAUCUCUACAUCUCUCAUCAUCAGUUAACAAUCAAAAUUUUGAUUCCAACUUGGCGCUUCCAAUGCAAUCUUCAUCAUUACUUUCCAACAGUGCAAGUCCAUCUGACCAACAAUCAACUUUCAAUGGUCCAUCUGAAUCAUUAACUGAUAGUUUUACACAAACAACUUUCACCGAAACACCGAUAUCAACAAAUUAUCCUGACGCAAUGCGCUCACAAAUUACUUUACUCACAACACUUUUACCAGAACCAGUGAUUGACUAUUUACAUCAUGUUAACUUUUCACCAUCAAUUUUUGUCAUUCUAUUGAUGAUAACAAUUACCUGGUUGGUUAUGUUUAUCACAUCAAAAAUCCUCUCCUCACAUAAGGAGAAAGUUUCCCUAGAAGAUCAACUUUGCCGUAACCAUGGGGAAAAUUUUAACCUUAAAACAGAAAGAGAUUAUCUAUUUGAUGAGUUGGCGGCUGAGAAAGAAAAGAAUUCACGUUUACUCAAGGAACAUCUAGAGAUUAAGGAUAAAUUUGAGAAUAUCAAUCAUCACAUUGAACAUUCUGAGAGUGAGAAAAAUAGUCUAAUCAGCAAGUUGGAAUCAUUGGUUAAUGAAACACGCAAGCAAAAACAGAGGAUUGAACAGCUUGAGAAAAACAAUGAAACUCUCAAGAAUGAGUCUUCUGAGGCCAAUGAUGAACUUACCCGAGUAAAACUUGAUCUAGAUAAAUUGUCAAAAGAAUUAGAAGAAAAAGCUGAUUCACUUGAAGCAGCGCAAAUGGAAAUUGAAAAAUAUGCUGAUACUAGUGAGCAACUGACCCAAGAAGUGAAAUUAUUGAAAAAGAAAGAAACUCAACUAGAAACUGACCUUAAGCGAAUGGUCAAGCAGGAGGAAAUCAUUGAGAAAUUAAAAAUGGAAUUGGAAAAUGCUGAACAAGAAAUUAAUUCAAUGAAAUCAUUUAUUGACAAUACAAAUGAAUCUGCUGAAUACUCACUGGAAUCAUUACUGGAUGGAAUUAAAUUAAAGGCAGAAUUAAGUGUCGCUCAAAAGCAAUUAAGAUCAAUUAAGGAGGAAAAAGAUGCACUUUCCAAUAAAACAGCUGAGAUGGAGACACGAUUAGCUAAAGCAGAGGUUGAUUCAAAUGAAGCAAUUAAGGCUAAAGAUGAGGCUGAAAGACGAUUACAAAUAUUGAAAACUUAUUUCAAUGAACAAGAAGUCAAAUUACAAUCAGAACUUGGAACAUGGAAAUUAAAAUAUGAAGAAAUGCUUUCUCGAAAUGAAUCAGUUCCAGGAUAUAUUGAAGAUCUAAAGCGUUCUAAUGAAUCAUUGAAGAAUCAAGUUGAAAGUUUAGAACGUGAAAUCGCCAAAAGAGAGGAGAAACACCGAGUCGACUGUAGUAAACUCGAACGUGACAAGCAUGAACUAUACAUGUCAAAAAUUCGAGUUGUUGACGAUUUAAAGAAUCUAAAAUCUGAAUGUGAAAUUUUACGCAAAAAGUUAACACUUAAAUCACAAGGUUAUUCAGAUGAUGAUUUAAAACAUUCAACAGGAGUCGAUGGAUCAACAUCAUCAACAGGAGUUAAUUUAGAUUCACUACCACCUCCACCUCCACCACCCACUGGAUAUCUUGAAGAUACACUUGAUUCAUCAGCUGCAAGUGGACCUUGGUCACUUGGUACAAUUGACCCACCGCCACCAUUUCCUGUAAGCUGGAUGAAUUCAGGUGACUCCUCAACCUCGGGUUACAGUUCAUUGCCUCCAGCACCGAUGCCUUUACAACAACAUCAACCAUCUAAUCAUCAUCAUUAUCCCUCUCAUCAUCAUCACUCUCAUUACCCUCCAGCCCCUCAAAUGCCUCCAAUGCGUGAUACCUAUUCACCAAGCUCUCAACGAUCCCAUGAUCAGCGAAGUGUCCGAAGUGAUAUAUCUUUCUCGUCAACAAAUAAUUCACAUCAUCAUUAUCCAAAUUACGGUCCACCGCCACCCCUACCACCCCAAACUGUCCAAGGACCUUUUUCAAAUCCAAUACCAUCACAUUGGUCUGUCAAUACCCAACAGCAGCAGCAACAACAACAACAACAACAACAACAACACCCACAUCAAUAUCAAAAUCCUCAACAAUCCCAAUCAUCACAUAACGAGUCUUCAAUAAAUUAUGAUUCUAGAAAUUAUUAUACCGGUGGACGGUAACAUAAAAUCAAUUGAUUAACUUUAUCGAUUAACUAAAAUUGAUUCUCCCUCUUUUCUCACUCUCUUUCUCUCUCUCUUGUGUAAUAUUUACUUUAUUAAUUAGUAUAUUAAUUGAUUAUUAAAAAAAUUAUUGUUAUUUUCAAUAUUA